AUGGUCGUUCUUGGCUUGCUUCAAGCUAUCAGCCUUCCGAUGGACCUCCUGAUUCUUAGUGUCUUACCAGUUAUAGACUUGCAUUAUUCAGAUUCACCUGUAUUUAAUAAUGAUAUGACAUCGCCUGGCAUGGCAUGGCGUGCUUAUUCGUCCUUAGUGCCAAUGCACGGAUCCUUGUUCUGUUGUUGCGCGGCGGUCCCACCUCGAAGGAUGUACGAGUCUACGACUGCUAAUGCAGCUGAACAACCCGGGCAUGUUUUUAUUCUUAUAUCAAGUCUCACUGUUUCAGCUGUCUGCUUGCAGCAUAGUUUAGCAGAAGCUGACAAGGAAUGGCGACCAGAAGUCGGCUACUUUACGGAUCCCACCGCACCUACUCAUCCGAAACAGUGCGAUCCUGAAUCCAGGUAUCGUUCUGCUGAGUCGAGUGAGAGGUCUGAGAUAGCGAAGAAAACACACUCCAACGUCGAAGUCGAAGGUGGGGAAGUCAUGGCGCGUCCAGAGCAGGAAAUGUCGCCGGAAUCUUGCAGUGUCAUCCCACAUACUGGAGUUCCAGACAGCGAAGAGUACCAGAAGAUGAUUUCGGGAUCGCCAUAUCGCGUUCUCCAGUGCCCUCAACUGCAGGCAAGGAAGCUUAUGGCUCGCCAGUUCUGUGCCAAGUACAAUGCCGAUGAUCUUGUCUUGAAAGAUGCCUCUCUGCCUCUUGACAAGCUCUUUCAGGCUCUCCGCAAGGAGCGUGAACGCUUGUUGCGCACAAUCCUUGGCAAGGUCGGCACCAGUCCUGUCAUUGAACCUCCGUUCAACUUCCAGUACGGCUGCAACAUCACUCUUGGAGACCGGUUCUACGCAAACGUGAAUCUUCGCAUCGUUGACAGCGCCCAGGUCACCAUUGGCGACCGCGUCAUGAUCGGUCCUGAUGUGAAAAUUGUCACUGAUACCCACGACAAAGACAUCGAGUCUCGCCGUAAUGGAAUCGUCUAUGCCCGGCCCAUUUCCAUUGGAGACGACUGUUGGAUCGGAGUGGGAGCCACCAUCCUCCCUGGUGUGUCAAUCGGGAAGGGCUGCACCAUUGGAGCGGGAGCUGUUGUGACGCGGGACAUCCCUCCAUUCAGUGUUGCCUGGGGUGUUCCUGCCCGCGUGGUUGGCCAGGUAAAAGACCCUGAUGCGGCGGAGUAG